CGUCGGGAGCCAGUUUCAUCCGAUUUUGCGGCAUUUCAACUUGGUUUUGGGUUGUACCGGCCUAGAGUGAUGCGUUCAAAUAUAAACACAGUGCUUAUAUUAAUAACAUGAAAUAGUUUUUAGUUAGUUGAAUUCUUAUAAGGUUAUUUACGAUACUCAAAAGUUUAAAAUGAAUUUGUUAUUGAAAUUUCCCAAGAAAUUGUUGAUAAAUAAACUUUGGCUAGAAUGUGCUGUUUAUAGUUCCGCCAGUGCGACAAAAACUUCCCGGUCAAGAGAAAAAAAAAGUACUGAAAUUCCUCCCGACAAACCAUGUAAAGUGAUUAAUGAAAUAGAGGAAUAUUUUCGACAAAAUGAUAGAGAUAGCAAACUGUUGGCGAAAUUCCCACCUUCUAUCCUACGGCGAAACCCAGCCAACGCGGACCGUUUCUACUUGGCAUCUCAAGAAACCGCCAAAAUCAUAAGCCAACACGUGACGACAGGCCUUUCACAGGAUGUUCCCCUCAUCGAGGUGAAUCCUGGCUUGGGCAUAUUAACCCGAGAACUACUCACCAAAAGAAAGUCUUCACAACUAAUACUGAUCGAAACCGAUCAAAACUUUGAACCGGACUUGAAACGUUUGAUCGCCAGCAAAGACCCCUCGCUUGUGCAACUACAUCAGGCUGACUUCAACGGGCACUGGAGAUACACAUACCUGGAUAGCUUGGACCAGGGUAAUCGAAUGGCCAGCAUGAUGAAGCACCUUCCCUGUGGGGGACAUCACUGGAAAGAUGAGGCAGUUAGUUUCCGCCUGUACUCGGCCGUCGAUUCGAUGCGAUUUUUCAAAACGUUGAUGAGCUCGGUCGCCUCCCAGAAAGGCAUUUUUUCGCUCGGAAGGUUCGAAAUGGUGCUGGUCAUGUCGCCCCUUGUUUAUGCGCAUCUUACCUGCCCCCGGGAAGCUGGUUAUAAAUUGUACCGCAGCAAUACGGUGCUGUUCCAGUUGUUCUUCGAGCAUCAGUUCCUGGCCAAAGUGCCACGGUACGAUUUUCUGCCCUGGCCUGCCAAUUUGGAGAGACUGGGCAAAAAAGCAUACGUUCAACGGUGGCGCGUAGAUUUAGCUAACUCCAAUGAUUGGUACCUGGUAAAGGUGGUUCCCCGAAAAGAUCUCUUCACUUAUUGUCUACCGGAUAACCUGCGGGCGUUGGCCUUUUUCGUCAAACAGAAUAUGAUCAGCAGGAAAAAUCGUGUGAUACCAGCGCUGGAACGUUGGAUUCCUCACUGUGGUGCACGACUUAUCUUGAACGAAAACUACAAAUCAAGUAAAUCGAGGGUUGCUGCAGCGCCAGCUACCAAGUCACCAGAUUAUGAUCAUCCCGUAUGGUUCAGGGCAAAGUCAUUCCCAUUGCAUCAUAAUGAUUAUGUUAACGGGUUGAAUAUAUUCACUGAAUUUGGCGAAUUGACGCCUUCACAAAUUUUGUUCGUAUUCAACGAAUUUAUUAGUUGGCCAGAAUUCCACCAAAGCCCAUUCCUGCAAAAUAUGGAACAGUGCAGCACGGUCAAAGAUCAGGAUCAUUCGCGGAAGGUGUCUGCUAAAGGUUCUACAGAUAAUGAUAAUGAAGAAGUUGAAGAACUACUGAACGAAAAGGAAGUUAAUGUAAAGAAAAGUCGGAAACGCUGAUGUUGAUAAAUCGAUUUGAUCGAUCACAAGUAAGUAGUUCAUUUUUUUUAUUGAUACAGCUCGGCUCGCUGUAAUUUGAUCCAUAAAAUAAUAUCGGAAAUAACGAAGAAAAAACUGUAUUCAUUGGAAA